AUGAUCUCGAUGCCUCAGAUAGAUACGGAGUACGACAUCAUCAUCGCAGGCGGCGGUACCGCGGGCUGCCUUCUUGCCGGUCGCCUCGCCGCCGCAUCUCCUACUCUCACCAUCCUGGUUCUUGAAGCGGGCCCGUCGACCCUUGAAAUCCUCGCGCACAUACAACCAGCGCGGGCCCCCUCGCACAUUACACCGACGUCGACGACCAUGCAAUUCCACAAGGCGGAGAAGACGGAGGCUGUGGGUGGACGCGAGCUCGUCGUGUCGUGCGCGCAGUGUUUGGGCGGAGGAUCGAGCGUAAACUUCACGGUGUACACGCGCGCAAGUAAGUCGGAUUACGACGACUGGAAGAAUAUACACGGAAACGCGGGAUGGGGCUCAGAAGACCUCGUCCCGCUUCUGGAGAAGACUGAGACGUAUCAAAUUACGCCCGGCGCACUGACCCACGGCUAUGAGGGCCCGCUCAAAGUUUCCUACGGUGGAACGUACACUAACGUCGGACGAGAAUUCCUCGAGACCGCAGCGAUGUACGAUCGAGAACGGACUGUCGGUGAAGAUCCUAACGACCUGAUGACGGUGAAUCAAUAUUGUCGAUGGCAGAAGUGGAUCGACAACACAACCGGAAGGCGGUCUGACGUUCCACACCACUUUAUCUAUAACCAGGCCCACAACGAGCGCUUGCACGUCGUCACGAGCGUGUAUAUUCACCGCGUCCGCAUCGAAGGCACUCGCGCCACAGGGAUCGAGUAUCGGUGGAACAAGCGCUUUUUGUCACGCGCGGACGACGAGGUGCACUUUGUACGCGCUCGCCGUCUCGUCGUGGUAUCAGCAGGCACCUUUGGGUCUCCCGGGAUCUUGGAGCGUUCUGGGGUCGGUGCGGCAGAGGUGCUAAGGAAGAACAGUGUUCCAGAGAUUGUGGACCUCCCUGGGGUAGGUGAAGCAUAUCAGGAUCACCCUUCUCUUUUCGUGCCCUAUGUUGCAGCACCUGAAGCAGAGACGAUUGAUGCUAUCAUACGAAACGACCCAGACGAGAUAGAGCUCACGUCGAAUCAAUGGCUCAAGGAUGGUCAAGGCCUCAUGGCACACUGUGGUAUUGAUGCGGGAGUCAAGAUUCGGCCCUCUGCUCACGAGCUCGAGUCGUGGGGCCCAGAGUUCAAAGAGCGCUGGGAGAGUCACUUCGCAUCUGCGCCGGAUAGACCAGUGUUCUUGUUGGCCUCAUUGUCCAUGUUUGUGGGCGAUCUGUCCACGGCGGAGAAGCAGAAGUAUUACACCCUAGCCUAUUAUGUGGGUCAUCCCCUCGCGCGUGGCCAUGUCCACAUCACAUCCGGUACAGACGCAGACGCACCGAUCGACUUUAAGCACGGAUAUCUCGAGGACAUGGUGGACGUGCGCCCUCUCAUGUGGGCCUACAAGUUCUCGCGCGAGCUAGCACGCCGCAUGCCGCUCUUUCGCGGGGAAUACGCGCCGCUGCAUCCCAAGUUCCCCGAGGGGAGCGCUGCGCAGGUCUGUGUCAAGCGCGAUGGGAUCGAGGCGGGCCCGGUGCCGAUCAAUGCGCCGGAUUUGGUGUACGGAGAAGAAGACGAUCAGGCGAUCGAGAAAUUCAUAAGAGAGUCCGUGACUACUGCUUGGCAUGCCCUCGGCACCUGUGCGAUGAAGCCUCGCGACGCGGGUGGUGUUGUCGACUCUAGACUGAAUGUAUAUGGCGUAGAGGGCCUCAAAAUUGCGGACUUGUCAAUAUGUCCCGGGAAUGUCUCUGCGAACACGUACUCGACGGCGCUCGUGGUGGGGGAGAAGGCUGCAGUGAUCAUUGCUGAAGAGCUCGGAAUUACGGGGGUGUGA